AUGCGUCUUGUUUUAGUAUACUUUGCUCUGUUCUACCUGUUUCAUUUUGAAGUCUAUGCAUUUUCUGAUAAACUUGAUAGCUUGCGAGCCUGGUUCGCUGCAAAUGUCGAAGGACGGAAAGACCAGGAAACGAUAGAUACAGUGAAAAAGAUCUGCGUUAUAGAAGUGAAGAAGGGAAGCAAACAUAAAAUAAAUAUUGGAAACAUUGACAUAACCAAUAAGAACACAUUGGAAAACUUCAUAAAACUCCCGAGUAUCAAAAUGCCGAACAUUACGAUAGUUAUUGUAGAAGAUGAGUUGGCUAAAAAGGCCCGAACGGCUAGUACGUAUACAGCAACCGAAGUCGAGAAAUUACUUGAACAGUUCAAAAAAUGCGUACUUCAUAAACUAAAGGUGCUAUCCUAA